GGCUAUGGAGGCUAACAAGGCUGAUUGGGACACACUUUUUGAGCCUUAUCCGUUUUUUGAAUCAUAAGAAUUAUUUGCAGAUAGACAUAUCAGCGGAGAAUGCUGAUGAUCUUAGAAAAUGGAAAGGUUGGGUUGAGUCUCGCCUGCGCCAGUUGACAUUGAAAAUUGAAAGGCACACUUAUGGCAUGCUUCAGUGCCAUCCAUAUCCUGGUGACUUUUCAGACAAAUCCAGACCUUUCCACUGCUCCUACUUUAUGGGACUGCGACGUAAGCAAGGAUUUCCUGUCAAUAAUGGUGGACAGUUUGAUACUAACCGUUGAAGAAUUUAAGCAUUCUGUCAACAUAUACACUCUAUGGAAACCUGGAAUGGACAUCAAUGUUUCCCACGUGAAACGUCGUAAUAUACCUACCUUUGUAACUUGGGAGAUUAAGCCAAGUUCAGAGUUAAGGGUUUCUGACCAUAGUCAAGCAGAAAAGUCUCAAGAAGGUAAAAUGGUUGUAUUUGGAGCAAAUGGUGAUAGGAAGAGAAAACAAGCAGAGGAUAGUGUGAAUUGUACUGACUCGGAAAUCAAUAGUACUAGUGAGAAACCUGAUUUGAAAUCUUCAGUGGAGUUUCCUGGGGAUAGAGAGACCAAUGGAUCAGUGACAAGCAACUUACAAGUUACUUCCACGGAUGCAUCUAGUUCUAAAGAAGCUAAAAAGCUAGCCAUUGAGAAGAUUAUGUGUGGUCCAUAUGAUGCACAACGAGUCUUUUCAGAAGAACCUGAUGAGCUUGAAGAUGAUCUUGAGUUCAGAAAUCAAGUCAAAGAUUUUGGUGGGAAAAUGAAAAACAGCAACUUGGACUCUUCAUACUCAGAGAUUGCAGUUGCCACGGAACCAAUUAUUCCUAAGAAGGAAACCACUUCUGCAACUCGUUUAUACUCAAAUGGGGGCUCAGAAGAGCUUGAGGUUAACCUUUUAAUAUAUCAUAAAUAUAGAGCAUCUGCAAUCAUUCUGCAACAAUCAUACAUCAUAGACACCGGCUUUUCCUUAUUGUUGUGCUUGUCUGCUUAAGUUGCUCAAAACUUGGUCAUUCUGUGUAUGGCUGCUUCUAGCUGUUGUUUGUUUUUUUAAUUAGAUAGAAUUUGGAUGAUAUGAUUUUCUUCAAUGGUAAGAAAUUGUCAAUGUGUUUGUUGUAAAGUAAAUGAUGUGAUUAUCUGAUGACCAUAUAGAUUUAUAUUAUGUGUCGCAUGAAGUUGUCUUGGCAGGCUUAUUUAUGACUUUUUAUACAAGGAUUAUGAAUUUGCAUUUCUUUCUUUGUCUUUUUUUUCUUUAUAUGUUCUUGUAAUAGACCUUGAGAGUGGUUAAGCUGUGUUGUGUUUGGU